CGUUAGCCCGCGCCUGUCGACGCAUGCGCAGUUGCGAGUCCGUUUAGGGCACUCACUGAGUUCCACUGUCCAUCGUGAAGCGCUCGGUGCUCGCUAUGUCUGACUGCGACUCUGAGGACUACUCUUCCUCUGAAGAUGAGGAUUAUGUGCCCUCUGGUAGGUAUACCAGCAUAUAUAACCCUCUAUUCAAUGGUUUCCUGGUCACGUGGUCACAGAGCUCAUUGUUUACAUGUGCCCCUGGCAGUGAUGGGACCCAUUGUUUAUAUGGUGCACCACUUAGGGCCAUGAGGUCUAAUCUUUGAAGGUUGAUUUGCUCUGGGUUAGGAUUUGCAUUGAUACUCCGCCAUCAUUGUAUCUGUCUGGGUGUCAUGGGUUCCUUUGUAAUGUACAGCAUGUGGGGGUGCAGUGACUGCUGAGAUUUAACUUUAAUAAAUAUGUGCACAGUGUGCUUUGAGUGGAUAUACAACACAAGUGCUGCAUGUUAAAGCUCAUGUUUAUAAAUAUUAACAUAAUAAUGUUUAAGUAAAGUUAUCAUAGUCAUACAGAGCUCCCUGAUUACAGCCUAACUCCCAUCAUCCAGGCCAUUCAUGUCCAAUUACGUUUGCAAGUCCCUUCUUUUUUUUAAAGAUGAAAAGUGCUGCCCUGCAGUCUGAAUUUUUUUUAUUUUUAUUUUUUAUAUAUUAUUCAGCAGGCACACAAUUUCAGGGGGAAUUCUGAAUGUCUGCGUUGAGUUGGUUACUGCAGCAUUUGAAUGCUUCAUGCUGUGAUGCAAAAUCUGUUACUUGAUCCUACAUCCUGUAUUGUUGUCCUGUGCUAUCAAGAAGCAAUAUAUUUCUAGUACUCUACUACUGGAAACUUGAAAGAGCGUUAAACAUAAUAAAAAUAAUGUCCUUGCCCCUUAAAGGAACACUUACUCCACGUACCAUAACAAGGGAAUGAUUAUGGUUUGGUGCUGUGUUACCUUAAAAUCCAAAGUUGUCCAGUCUGUGCCCAUUGCCCUCUUUGCCACUUUUCUUCCGUGUCAGACCAAGUUUUUUGUGGAAGCCUGAGCACAGGUGAUAGGCUGAGUCAGCUGGCUUCCCAUUGAGCUGUUGAAAGUUUUUUUAGCAAGAGAUUCCAUCUCUGUGCUUAGCAGACCCCAGGUAAGAAAUCAAAUUUGUACCAAAUCAUUAACACCUAAGUGCAUUAAUUUGCUAAAGGAAUCUUUCUUUUAGUUUGUGGCUCACACCAUGAAAAUAGUUUUUCUUCUUCGGAAUAUUAGGAACAGUAAUAAACAAGUAGAAUUUGUGUAAAAAUAAAAACGUGAAUUUCAUUUUUAGGAGGCGAAUACAGUGAAGAUGAUGUCAACGAACUAGUAAAAGAGGAUGAUGAGGAAGAGGACGAUGAGGAUAGGAGUAAAAAGUCAGAAGAAGACAAAUCUAAAAAGAAAAAGAGCAAAUGUAUAUCGGCAAGGUAAAUGUAUUAACUUUUUUACGCCUGUUCUGAAUUUUUUUCUUAGAGUAGUUCAUUCAAUAUGUUAUUGAUAAACUAGAAUGAACUAUAAUUGAAAAAGUAGUAAUUCGACAGUCUAGGACAGGGGUUCCCAAUUAAUUUUUCCUGUGGAAACCUUUGACAUAGUGUAUCAACACACUGACACAUAUAUACACACACCUUGACACACAGUGUGUGUGUAUCUGUUUGUCUGUGUAUCAAGGUGUUUGUAUUUGCCAGUAUGUUUGUGUGUAUAUCUAUGUUUUCAAAGUGUGUGUAUCUGUGUUUGUAUGUGCCGGUGUGUGUCAUGGUGUGUAUAUCUGUGAUUACACACACACACACACUGCCAUGCACAUACAAAUACACUGAUACACACUGGCGCGCACACACACACAGUGACACAUACAAACCUUGACACACUCACACACACACUCUCACUGACAAACACACAUAGUCUUUUACAGACGCACAUACAAACACAUAUACAUUCUCACUGACAAACACACAUAUACUCUUUGACAGACACACAUACAAUUGCUUUUUUUAAAUUUUUAAUUCACCUAACCCCCUACCUUUAGAAAUGCUAGCAUGGAGUCCUUGGGGUCCAGUAGGGCGGCUGGUAUGCAGUCCCUGGGGUCCAGUGGGGGUACUGAGUGGCUGGUGUGCGGGCGGCGAGGAAACCUUUUAGUGAUGCCGGAGCUGGAGUAACGUCAUAAUCCGGCUUCAGCAUCACUGCUGUGUGUGCGAGGGAGCUGAGCAGGGAGAUCACUGCUCCCUCGCCACCAUUUUAUUUUUUAAACAUUUGGAACACCAAUUGGGAAACGCUGGCCUAGGAUAAUCACAAAGAGUUGAUAAUAUGGGAGUUUAACUAGUCGCCCUACAUGUGCUGGUGUGUCAGUGUAUUUCUUAUAGCAUAUUCUAAAAUAUUUUCUUUCUAGUUAUUAUAUCAGAUAUCUAAAUCAUGUGGCUCUUUGUCUUGAUGAUUUAUUCUGCACACCCUAAAUAUGUUUUUCUUACAUAGUAUUGGUGAUGCUCCAUUGAGAGAUGUUUAGUUGUUAAUGAGCUUGAAUUACAGGUCCCACUCAAGUUGUAGUUGGCAAUUGUUAUCACAGUAGGUGUCACAUGUGUUGCAUCUUGGACCUCCUUUCCAAGAGAACCUUAUUAUAGUGUGUUUCACAUCUCUCUUACUGAUCUAAAGCCAGUUAAGCUGCACAUGUUAAUAUAGGCUUGGUAAAUGAUGUCCUGUCUAUCACUUUCAUUCAUUCAUUCACCUACUAGGAAGCAGGAGAGUAGAACAUUCUUCUGACUCAGAACAGAUAACCAUGGAUCUACCACCACCAUUACCACGACUACUCAUACACAAAGUAGACAAAGUGAGUUAUUGCCUACUGUGAUCAGGUGCUAGGGAUACAACUUGUCAUAAAGCAUCUAGUCUUUAUCUGGUUUCAUUUGUAUACUUUUUGUAUUGCUGAUCAGCGGUGCUCAGUACACAUACUCUUCUUUGUAAUUUCAUUUUUCAAUGUUUCUGUCAUGCUAAAAGCAAGAGUUGGUGUUUGAUGUGUGUUGACAUAUGUUAAGAGUUGUUUGUUUUGUAAACCUUGGGAUGACCCUUAUUGUGGUCUUUCAUCUUGCACCAGACCUAGACCAUAAAACAUCUAGAUAGCCAUCACCAGAGCUGGACACAAGGAAUUGCAUAGAGUUGGCAAUAAACUGCCAGACCAACCCCCUUUGAACCUCCCAGGGGUCUGCCCACUGAGAAACAACUAGUUUGGAUAUAUAGUGAGGGUGCUGGACUAUCCAAGAAAUUAUUGAUUUUUUUUUUUUUUCUUUGGUUAGCAACUUCUAGGAGACCUAUACCAUCUAAGACUCCCACAAGAAUUCUAUAUGGGGUAAAUGUAAGGAAUUUCUGGUGUUUUCUCCUAUUUUAUUUUAUGUACUGUUUUGCAAUCUGUUAUCUGUAUGUCAUUUAUUUCUGUAUUUUGUACUCAGCACUGUGAAUCUUUUUUUUGUCAGAUUAAACUUAUUCAGCUUGUGUCUCUGUUCUCUAUGAGCUUCACUCUCCAGAGGAAAGCUCAGGUAAACACGUUACCAAAAAGGGUUAAUUAUAUGUGUUUGAUCAGUAAAAGUAGAACUGUGAUUCUAUAAUUCUCCUGUGUGUGGGGUAACCUAAGAUGCCCGGGUUUAAAGUCUUGGUGGUGGCAGUAAAGUGUGUACUAGGGGGUAAGUGUAGAAGGGAUUGCAGGGGUUAAUUGAGUGGUUGCUGGGACUAGCAACAGGUAACCAGGGGUCUGGUGUCAUUAACCCUGUCACUUCCACACUCCCCCCACUGUCUCGGCUGGGCCUAUAGCCCACGCUGAUGACAGGGUCUUAAUUGUAUUAGAACCUCUGGUUUGUUCAAUUACAUAAAUGCCUAUGGCUAUGUUUUCAUUAAUUGGUUUUAACGUUAUUAUAUAGUUUUUGCAUAAACACUAUGAAAUAAAUGUAAACUCCUUUUUAUACGUAGAGCCCUGUAAUACUGAUCCUUAAAGUCUGUAAAUGCCUUUUCUACUCAGGAAACGGAAGAAAGGAGUACUAGUCUUAAACACGGAGGAAAAAACUGAGGAGGAAAAAGAAGCUGCACACUGUUCUGAAGAAGAUGAGGCACCUGCGUUUGACGAGGAAAAGAAGCUGAAAAAAGAGGAGCUCAAAAAGAAAAAGGAAGAUGAUAUUUGGUCAAGCUUUCUUUCAGAUGUUGGUCAAAAAGCCAAGUCUCCCCAGUCUCCCAGGCCUGUCUCAAUUCCUAACCAGGUAAACAUGUACUGUAAUGCUCCUGCAUGUUAUACUCAUUUUUGUUUAGUUUUUUUUUUUUUUUUUGUAUAUCUUUCAGUAUUUCUCUAUAACUGAUAACGAGGUCUCUGACCGCCCCUUUGAGUUUUAUGCCUGUAAUAGUUAUUCAAGUGGCAGCUUUGCAUUUUAUAAAAAUUGCAAUCUAGAAUAACCACAGCUCUAAAAGAGGUUUGUCAGAACUUCACUGUAGCAUCGAGUCAUCUCUCCUCCACAUGCAGUGUCUUGUAUAUUGCACACCCUUGAAAUGAAUAAAAUCCCAAAAGAAAAAUGUCCAGCACAUACAAAUGGGUAAAAAAGCACUCCAGAUUUUGUUGAUGUCUCUACAGCAAGCUGAACCUACUAAUAGGUUUUUCUCGAGGAGCUUGCUGUGUGUGUGAUGUGUGCUGGGCAGCAGCAUAGAGUUUGUCUGCUCGUGUUUUGCAUUAUUGGAGGGUGGUUGCAAUCUGUUGUUUCCAUAAUGUACCUGAUAACAUUGGAGUAAAAAGGGAGGCCAACCUCACCCCUAACGAAGGCUCCUCUGUGUCCCUUGCUAGAUAACAAGGAAUGUAGAUGUAAGAGAGAGGAAGGGUUCAUUACUUGAAUUGGUAUAUUACGUAGAAUAUAUAAAUGCCUAUGCAGGACAUUCAUAUUGUAUAGUGUUCUUCCUAACAAAUCUGGAAAUAUAUCUACCACACCAGAAAAUGGUUUCUUUCUGGAAAACCAUGAGAAGCAGGGGUAAGUACACCGAACAAAAUUAUAAACACAAUACAUUUUUGUUUUUGCCUCCAUUUUUCAUGAGCUGAACUCAAAGAUCUAAGAUUUUUUUCUAUGUACACAAAAGCCCUAUUUCUAUUAAAUGUUAGUGAGCACUUCUCCUUUGCUGAGAUAAUCCAUCCACCUCACAGGUGUGGCAUAUCAAGAUGCUGAUUAGACAGCAUGAUUAUUACACAGGUGUGCCUUAGGCUGGCCACAAUAAAAGGCCACUCUAACAUUUGCAGUUUUAUCACACUGCAUAAUGCCACAGUUUGAGGAAGUGUGCAAUUGGCAUGCUGACUGCAGGAAUGUCCACUAGAGCUGUUGCCCGUGAAUUGAAUGUUCAUUUCUCUACCAUAAGCCAUCUCCAAAGGCGUUUCAGAGAAUUUGGCAGUACAUCCAACCGGACUCACAACCGCAGACCACGUGUAACCACACCAGCCCAGGACCUCCACAUCCAGCAUCUUCACCUCUAAGUAAGUCUGAGACCAGCCACCCGGACAGCUGCUGCAACAAUCGGUUUACAGGGCAGAUGGCAGACUGCAUGUAUGGCAUCAUGUGGAUGAGUGGUUUGCUGAUGUCAAUGUUGUGGAAGGAGUGGCCCAUGGUGGGGUAAUGGUGUUGCAGGCGUAUGUUAUGGACAACGAACAAAGGUGCAUUUUAUUGAUGGCAUUUUGAAUGCAGAGAGAUACCGUGACGAGAUCCUGGGGCCCAUUGUUGUGCCCUUCAUCCGCGACCAUCACCUCAUGUGCAGCAUGAUAAUGCACGGCCCCAUGUUGCAAGGAUCUGUACACAAUUCCUGGAAGCUGAAAACAUCCCAGUUCUUGCAUACUCACCGUACAUGUCACCCAUUGAGCAUGUUUGGGAUGCUCUGGAUCGGUGUAAACGACAGCUUGUUCCAGGCCCUGCCAAUAUCCAGCAACUUUGCAGAUCCAUUGAAGAGGAGUCGCAACAUUCCACAGGCCACAAUCAACAACCUGAUCAACUCUAUGCGAAGGAGAUGUUUUGCACUGUGUGAGGCAAGUAGUGGUCAAAUACAGUACAACUGCACAUUUUGUCUAAUCAGCAUCUUGAUAUGCCACACCUGUGAGGGGGAUGGAUUAUCUUGGCAAAGGAGAAGUGCUCACUAACACAAAUUUGGACAGAUUUAUGAAAAAUAUUUGAGAGAAAUUGGCAUUUUGUGUACAUAGAAAAAAAAUCUUAGAUCUUUGAGUUCAGCUCAUGAAAAAUUGAGGCAAAAACUAAAGUAUUUUGUUCAGUGUGUGUGUGUGUAUAUAUAUUCUCAAACAUAUUUUUAAGCUACCUCUUAUCUUUUUAACUAUUAUAAAUUAUAUUCUUCAGGUUGAGGCAGAGAAACCCAAGGAACCUCACAAGUCUUCUGCUCAGGGCAGAGAAACAAGCAAGUCCAAAGAAGAUGCAAAAGUCACAAUCACCAAAGUAUUUGAUUUUGCAGGUGAAGAAGUAAGGUGGGUGUAAGCUAAUUAUUUUUAGUAUCAAUUUUGUUAAACAGAUGGUCCUUAUUUUACGGCCGACCUAUUUAAUGACGGCUCGCACUUACGACCAGCUCUCUCGCGGGGUGGUAAGUGCAAGCCGUCAUGGGAAUUAGAGGGAUUCCCUGCUCUGCUGCAUUCGUCUAUGGUUGGGGAAAUUUCCCCGACCAUAACUCUUCACUUACUGACCAAUUAGUUCUACGACCAGGUCAGUAAGUGAGGAGUGUCCGUAUUUGCAGAUUCUCCAGUAAGUGAUAUACAGCAUAAAGUGGCACUGUAGGCACUAUAAUUACUAUAACUUAUUGACGUGACUGUGCUACUGUAUCUCUCUUUAAGCAUUACUGAUAACGUGGAAACUACUGUAAUAUCAAGUUUGAUUCCAUUCAACCUCGGUGGCCGUGAUUUUGAAAUAACUAAUUCUCAGCCUUUUAAUAAUCUCCAAGUUGAAUGGCAUCCCAUUUAGUAAUGCAUAAAUAUAAUUUUAACAUCAAUGCAGCAGAAGAGGAGGCUGGUUAUGGGUACUGGGAAGAGCCCUGUUCCACAUCAAAAUGUUUGUAAGUGUGCAUUAUGGCAUCUGUCUUAUUGGCAAAAGCCGUACUUUUUAUAUGUAUUCCUAACGCUAUAGAGCCCUAGUCAACGUUUAAUUAACCAUUUAUUUGCUUACCUUAAUCCAGCGCCGGGCUCCCUCGGCGCUGGUGACCUCAACGUCAGCUCCCGAGUGGAGCCGAAUGCGCUUGCGCGGCCAGAGGCGCGGACACGCAUUCAAAUCCGCCCAGAGGAAAGCAUUACUCAAUGCUUUCCUAUGGGUAUCUUUUUUGACGCUGGACUCCGUGAGGACGGAAUUGCAAUUGUGCAAUUUAAUCUGUGUAAAUCAUGGAAGCGGCCUCUAGUGGCUGUCAGUGAGUCAGCCACUAGAGGCUGGAUUAACCCUUCAGUGUAAGCAGCAGUUUCACUAAAACUGCUAUGUUUUCGGCUGCAGGGUUAAAACUAGGGGGGCCUGGCACCCAGACCACUUCAUUGAUUCAUAAGCAACCUUCGAAACUCCAGAUGUUUUGUACUACACAUGAUGCUUUGACAGCAUUAUGAGUGUAAGGGCAUUAUGGGGUUCUAGUCCACAACAUCUGAAGUGCCAAAGGUUGCCUAUCACUGGUAGCGCUUAGGAACACUAUCAUGUCAGUAAUACAAAUGCAUAUUCCUGACACUAUAGCUGUAGGAGUACCAUUUUCUGGUUAUUUAGUCAACUUUUUCCAGCAGUGCACGGGUAGCCUCGUGACUUGCUCUGCCCCUUGGCUGAGAUCAUCAAACUUUAAGAAAGCUUUGUGAGGUUGUCGUGCAUGUGCAGCAAAACACCACACUGCGCCAGUCAGCAUCUCCUAAUAGAGAUACAUUGAAUCAAUGCAUCUCUAUGAGGAACACUGGAGGGGUUCCUAGGCAGUAAUAUAAACACUGCCUUUUCUCUGAAAAAGCAAGGUUUACAUUAAAAAGCAUUCAGGGACAGGCAACUACAUUAAACUGUCGUUUUUUUGGUAACUAUAGUGUUCCUUUAAGGGUGGCCCUAUUUAUUUAUGGUAAAGUCUGUUUUCUUUCUAUAUUUAAAUUAAGACCAAAAAACUACUUCUAAUGAAAUAUGAAUAUAUUAAAAUAGGUGUUAUAACAUGCACUUUCUUGUUAGAGUGACAAAGGAAGUUGAUUCCUCGUCCAAAGAGGCCAAGGCUUUUAUCAAAGAGCAAGAGAAAGGUUCACAUGAGCAAAGUCCAGCACCUACUAAAACCAGUGUGCCAACCAGCUCUGGGUGAGUACAAAGAUUUACAAAAAGCCUGCAUGAUUAUAUGAAAACUGAUAAGGGACUUGCACCCAUCAAGUUCAGCCUUUCUCACAAUUGUUUUUGCUGUUGAUCCAAGAAUACACUCGCUAUAUAAUGCUUUAAAAAAAAAAAAAAGUAUUUAUUUGCCACUAAGAAUGUUUAGAUUUUUUUCCGGUGACUUGAUAACAUUUUGGUAGCCACAUACUUAAUUUGUUUAAGAUUUGUUAAAAGUAGAUUACUAAAGAUGAUAAAGCACAAUAUUGUUUCCCCCAGUUUUCAUAUCCGUAAAGGGACACAAUGCAGGCACCCAGACCACUUCAGCUCAUUGAAGUGGUCUGGGCACAGUGUCCCUAUUGCAUAUAGUUCUGCAAUGUAAACAUUGCAGUUCCAGAGAAACUGCAAUGUUUACAUUGCAGCACUAAGUCUGCCUCCAAUGGCUGUCCACCAGACAGCCACUGGAGGCGCUUCCUGGCUGCUAACGAACUUUUGGUCCGGUAUUUGACACUGGAUGUAUUAAUUCCAUGCUUUUUCCUGUGGGGAGGCCUAAAGUGCACGCGCUCGCCAUUUGGCUUUUUCAUGCACAUUAGCGCCUGCUUGUUGCAGGAUGUCGGAGGAGGCGGUGCAGCGACUCAGUGUCGAGGGACAUUGGCCCUGGGUCAAGGUAGGUAAAUGGUUUUUAACCCUUUAUUCACGUUGAUGGAGGAGGGGUGGCAGAGGGACCUCUUAUAGAUUGCCUCACUAUGCAGUCUGAAAAAAGCAGGUAAAUAUGAUAUAUUCCCUCACCCCCUACGUUUAGCAGCAGUACUGGUAGGGAUGUUCUUUAUCAUUCAUUGGGUUGUAGGGAUAGAAUACAGAUCAUUACUGGGUUGUAGGGAUAGGACACCAAUAGGUUAGAUCAGUGUAUCGUUCUGGAGUGAUUGUGGAAAACAUAAGAACAUUUUUUACCGGCUUUUUAUAAAAAAUAUUUUUUGUGCUUUUCAGUCUACAGAGUGAGACAACUGUCUCAUUCAAAGCUAAAGCUUUUGAAUGAGACAGUUGUCUCAAAGUAUGCAUGCUACUUUAUUGAAGGUUUUUUGGGGGGAGGUGAGAAUGGGGGGGAGGGGGUGAUAGGGGGAGUUUGGUGUAUAUUGGUGUUCAUUGUCUGCUAGAGCCUACGGCAGCCUCCUGUGUGGUUUUAAAAGUUAAAUUAACAGAACAGGAGAUAACUUCUAAAGUAGGCAGUGUGCUGCAAAAAUUAGACUUUUUUACUUUUUUUUUUCAUAGAGCCUGUGGGAGUCGUUCUAGGCCUGCAUACACACAAUUAUUUAAGUGGCAGAGAACUGAUCAAUGUGCAGGGACACGAUCUAGACGACAAAGCUGCUUCAUUAAGCUGAUGUUGUUUUGGUGUUUAGAAUUUCACUUUAAACUGGCUUAAAUGUUUAAGAAUUUUUUAUUUUAUUUUUUUUUUAAAGAAAUCUGUUAUGUUUGAUAUAUUUGAAACUUUCAAUUUUUGUGUAGUGUGAAGAGACCUGUUGGCAUGGGUAGUAUUUUGGGGAAACUUGGCUCCAAGAAACAAAAGAUGAGCACCCUGGAGAAAUCCAAGCUUGACUGGGAUACAUUCAAAGAGCAAGAGGGGAUUGGAGAUGAGUUGGCCAUCCAUAACAGGGGCAAGGAUGGGUAAGCAAAUUAACCCUAAAAAUUGUAAAGAACACUAUGCAGACUAAACUAGUAAAAUCACAACUAGAGACUGAUUUCUGAAUGCUUUCACAUUCUUCCUCCGCAAUGUCUACCAGGAAAUAUUAACUAGACAUACAAUUUAACUACAAAUCUGAGUUCAAAAGUGAUACUUCUCAAUACAGCUUUUAGCAUCAUAUCCACUACAGCACAAUGCAGGGGUUAUUGUGCUAGCAGAUUACUGGCACUAUGCCCUGGUGCUGUGUGAAAUCUUUUUCAAGUUCGGACUUUAUUGAUUAGCUGUGUAUAAGAAUUCACUCCAUUCUAAUGCUGAUUGUGACGGACCAUUCGCCGACAGAUAUUCCUAGUGCUCACCAUGGACCAUAAGCCCUGUAUACCCCCACGAACCGCCGCAGCUUGGUUGGGGUCUCGCUGUCUUCUGCCCACCCUUGACCUGCGACAAGGCUCCAGGUUUCAGUGGGUCACCCUCUUCUCCAAGAGAGGAUAGCAGGAUCAGCUGCAGAGCUCUUACAAGAGCUAGUAGAAUGUGAGUAUAAUGAUUAUAGCAAUCCCUGUAGUGAUUUAUAGCUGUUCCCUACAACACGAGACGAGGCUGCAAGUUGAGGGUAAGAAGGUCUGAGUUUAAUGAUACAGGUUGGAUUUUUAUACAACUUUUCAGGCCAGAGGAACACCCACUGGACCUGAUGGGGCACCAGGACACAAAUUGUACAGACCAAUAGAAACAAUGUAACAAUGCCUGACACUCCCACAUACAGCACACAAUCCCUCCCCUCUGCCUGUGAUACAAUUAAGGUAGUCAAUGGAUUAACGUAAUUAUCCCAAAGCAUAAAAAAACACUUAUUCUAAAAAGUCACAGCAGUACGCCAAAAUAGAACAUAUCCCCAUAAAUGUUACAUGCCCUGAUCGCUCCGAGAUGGGUGCACAACAUAUCCAAAAAUCACCCAGAUCAGACAACGGGUUCAAAAAUUUUAUGGAAGUCAUAUUUUUGCCCAGACGCAAGCAUGGUCCCAUGCCCAAAACGGUUCCAAGCCUGUGCCGCUGGAGGACCGACCGGGAACCACGAGGUUUUCAUGCCGAAAAUAGUUCCAGGGCAUUCGCGGCCAAGUCCCCCUGAAGUCUAUGCGCGGUUUUGGUCCAUGCGGACAAGAUGGCUGCCACACGUGUUCGAAUGGCGGCCACUUGGACUGUUCAGGAGUUCGAAGAACCAUUGUUUAAAGUCCAAAUGGCCACAAAUAGGGUCUCUCAACCACAAUAAAUUAAAGGGGCCAUAGUCACAGGGUAAAAGGCUGGCAAGUAGUCCUCUCCAAAACCCAGUGGAGAAGUGGCUUUCGUCACACUGAUAUAUUGGAAGAGCGUGAAUGCUACAUAAGUGUACCUUUCACAAACCCGGUAUGCUGUUAGAACUCUUUGGAUUGGAAAUUAGAUAAGUAUUUAACAUCUCAUUCCUUAAAGGAAGACUAUAGCGUUAGGACCCCUCAUUUUCUGUUGAAACGGGUUCCAGACCCUUUUUUUUUUUUUUUUUUUUUUUAAAGUGGAAAUUUUUUUUCUUCCUUGUUCUUGCAUAUCUCUCGUUGUAUUCGUGCAAAGGGAGGAAGUGACGUAUCGGGCUGAGGAGAAACUCCUGAUAAGUCAUAUCCGUUGUUCCGGAGUCUUCGUUUCCCGGACAUGCUUUUCCUGUAGUUAUGAACUACCAAGUCCAUAAGUCAUAGCGUUCGUUGUUGCUCGGGUCCAUUUUAACCUUUUUUUUGUUUUCUUUUUUUUUUUUUACUUACCCCUCUCAGGUACCUUUUGGUGCUUGCUAGGUCUCUUCCUCCAGUGACAUCACUGUGAUAGUGGGGCCUACUGUGCAGCAAGUGCCGCGUGGUCAUUAAACCUUCCCCACAGGAAAGCAAUGUAUCGGUGCUUUCCUAUGGGGAAUUUGGAAAUUUUAGGUGUCCUCAUGCAAACGUGUUUAAUGAAGUAAAACUCCGGAAGUGCAUCUAGAAUUUGAGCUUACCAUGUAGUGUAAUCUUUGCAGUUUCUCAGAAACUGUAGUGUUUUACAUUGCAGGGUGAAAAAGACUGGGCACUGCACUCAGACCCUUUCAAUGCGAGAACGUGGUCUGGGUGGUUAUUAGUAUCCCUUUAAGCAAUCAAAUAUAAAAUGUAUCCCUAUAAUAAAUACACUUAGAAUUAUUUUUUUAUAUAUAUAUAUAUAUAUUAUUACGAAAUAUACAUAAAUUAUUUUAUAAAUAUACACAUAGACUUCAAAUAUAUAAAUAUAUAUAUUUAUUUAAAUUCUACAUGCAUAUUUAUGUAAUAAUUUUAUUGAUUGCACUUCGCCUAAAGUGCACUGACUAAAGAGUUUAGUCACCAUUAUCCAUUUUAUGUUGAGCUUUUUCUAUAUCCGUUAAUAUUUCUGUAUUAUUCUUUUUACAGUUAUAUCGAACGUAAAGCUUUCUUGGAAAGAGUUGAUUACAGACAGUUUGAACUGGAGCGAGAGAUCAGACUUAAAAACAUGAAACAGUAGCUUUUGGUUUGUAAGACUCAAACGUCACGGUUAUAAAAUGUUCUGUUUUUAAAUGCACUGACCACUACCUCCCAACUGGAAAGCGGCAUUUAUACAGACAACUGCAAGUUAAUGCUUAUGAGACGUCAUGAAGCAGAGUUAAAAGAAAUACUUGGACUUUAAGAUGAACAUUUUAACUUGUAUCCAUUCAAUUUUUUUUUUAUAUAUGAAUUACUUCUGAUUUACAAAAACAAGGUUUGGUUAGGAAUUUAUUAUAUACUGAUAUUAAAAGGAGUAAUGCAAAUAAAUGUGUGUACAUGUUAUCUUUUAAUAUAGCAGUUUUAUUUAAAAAGUGUAAUUCUUGUAUGUACCGUAUUUUUCGCUCCAUAAGACGCACCUCACCAUAAGACGCACCUAGUUUUUAGAGGA